CAGAAACCCAGAAAAGCUUGUUUAAAUCGGGGAGAGUGAUAAUGGAGGAAGAAAGGGAGAAGAAGGUGGUGGUGGUGGGUUUAAUAGAAAAGGCCGUCGACUCCACGGCGGCGGAGGUGGAUCCUCGCCUCCUCAAGGCGAUUAAAUUCACGGUUCGUUACUCCGAUUCGGAGCUCCGGUUGGCCGCCCAAACCCUAACGUCUCUCAUGAAACGUGACCAUUCUCAGGUAAGGUAUCUUGCACUUCUCAUAAUAGAUGAACUUUUCAUGCGCUCAAAGCUUUUCAGAAGUCUUCUUGUUGAGAACCUAGACCAGUUACUUAGCUUAAGUAUUGGGUUUAGAAGAACUCAUCCGCUCCCUGCUCCUGCUUCUGUUGCAUCCGUUCUGCGUUCAAAGGCAAUCGAGUUUUUAGAAAAAUGGAAUGAAUCAUUUGGUAUUCAUUACAGACAGCUCCGAUUAGGGUAUGACUACCUCAAGAACACCCUUCGUUUCCAGUUUCCUAACCUACAAGCCAAUGCAGCCCGUGCUCAACAAGAGAGAAGGGAAAGAGAGAUGAGAACAAAAGAGAUCUUGCUGAAAAAAUUUGAAUUCUUGAAGGCAAAUUUUUCGUCUAUAAAAGAGGAAAUACAGACAAACACUGAUGAAAUUGACGAAUGUCUAGAAAUACUUAGGACCAAUGAUGAGGAUAUGCCACUGGUUCCUGUUGAUAACGAAGAUAUGGAAGAGUUUCGUAACUCAGAAUUAAGACAGAUCCGUCUUGAUUCUUUGAAAGAAGGGGAAAAGGUUCGAGAAAACAGCGAAAACAAAGUUGUUUUUGAUGCUCUGAGGGAGUUUUACAAGGUUCUAGUCACUAGACAUCUUGCUGCAGUACAGGAAUGGAUUUCUGUUCUUAUAAGGGUCGAUGCGACCGAUAACAGAUUCAGGGACUCUGCUUUGAAAAAUCUCAUAGACAUAAGAAAUCUCAUUCAAUCAACAAGAGUCAAAUGUGAAGAAUCAGGUUGUGAUCUUCCUAAUAUUGCAAGUGCUGAUGAAGAAAAUACAUGGGAAGAUGGUAUUGUAGAAACAUUCGAAAAAGGAAAAUCUAGUCCAACAUGUUCGAAAACCAGCGAUGCACCGUCUGCAUCGACUGACAAUAAUCCGAUAAACACAGAGGAACGUAUUAGUAGUUUGCCGAAAGGAAAAGAGAAAAAGAAUAAUCAUAGUGGAAGUAAAUCAAACCCAUUACGGAGUAAGCUUAUGACUGAAGCUCCACUUCUUAACUGGGGUUCUUUCCUAGACAACUGGGGUUCAAAAAGGGAUGUUUUGGCUAACCAGAGAGGAUUGGAUCUCGAUGCUCACUGGGGUAGAGUUGACCAAGAUGCGGUUAUACCAGCAGACAAAAUCGCGGAACUGAAUGUUCGAGCAUCUGUUUACGAAGAAGAUCCUGUUGAAAUUAAGCCAUGUAGAGCACCUUUGAGAAAAGGCGGGCUUUGCCAAAGAAAAGAUUUAAGAGUUUGUCCAUUUCACGGCCUCAUUGUACCGAGGGAUGAAGAAGGAAACCCAAUUAACGAAAGCUCCACAACAGAAGAGACAGCUCUGCAGAACCUCGUUGAAGAACCGAGUCAAGAUUCGGACAGUCGUGUAAUGGAUCAGCUACUAAAGCAAGCUGUUAAGAAUGUUCGAGGAAGAGACAGCGAAGAAGCAAAGAAGAGAGAAUUGGACAAACAGGCCUUGAAGAAAGCAAGGCUUGCAAAAGUACGCGAACACAACGUAGCUGUAAUGAGAGAUGCAGCUAUAGCUUCGACUUCGAGAUCGUCUCAUAUUGGGGAAGAUACGCAAAUGGGUGACGUGGCGAGAUCUUCUUCUUCGAGUAGUAAAAGCAAGAAACAAACACUUGCAUCAAUGCUGAAGAAGAAAGAAACUGCUAAAGACAGAUUAAGUCAGAGGCUAUUGAACUCUCAUGCAAGGGAUGCUACCAUUAGACAGUUGACAGUUGCAGAGGAGGCCAAUUACAGGGAAGCAUUUCCAAAUCAAUGGUAGAUUAUAUUAUUACAUGAAAAAAAAAAGACACGUGUCAGUAACAAAGGAACCAACUCUUUUGAGUCUUAUCUGAGAAUAUUAAAAUGUUUGUGGGACUAAAGAAUGAUGCCUUAUACUAUUUGAUGAAUAUAUAAAACAAUUUUAAUACUUAUAUUCUUUCGACUAAUAAAGGUGAUGGCCAC